AUGGGAGAAGAUGAUUGGGAUAAAAGUGGGGUGGUGAAAAGUUGUAAUUUUAAUAGACCUAACAAUGAUGUAGCUCCUAACUUAGGCAUGGAGACUUCUCCAAAUGAUGUUUCAAAUUAUUUUGACAUACGUUUAGCUUAUGAAAUGACUAAUUUUAAUGGCUUAUCUAAAGUUUUCUCUAUAGAUUUUCCAAUUGCUCAUCAGGAAAAACCAAAUGAUCUAGUCAAAAUCAUGAACCAAAAUGGUAACCAAGAGUUGUACUUACAUCCCAUUCAACCAGCUCAAUUUAUCCAACGAAGCUCUUUUCUUCCAUCACCAACAACAAUAGUGUGUAUGCCACCAAUAACUCCAACACCACAAGAAUUGAUUGAUCAACAAAAACACCUUGACAUAAGGUCUAACAUUUAUCCCAAUUUCACUUUUUCCAUGAGGAAUCCUUUGAUCCAAACCACAACAAGGAAAAUUCAGUCGAAAACGAUUAUCUAUGAAUUGUUGCAAGAGGAACUCACAAAUGAUAUAUGGAGAUGGCACAAGUGUGGUCAGAAGCAUAUCAAAGGUUCUCCAUUUUUGAGUACAUCAAAACUCUGCGAAGCAAAGAAAACAAUUGAGAAAAGCCCAAAGGGUGAGAACCUUUUCUUGGUGUCCUAUUCUGGUGAACACAACCAUGAUCUGCCCAUGAACCGUAGAAAUCUUGUUGGUUGUAACACUAAUUCAAAAUUCAAGCUUCCAAAAGGCAUAAAUAUUGUGCCCAAAGCAUCAAUAUUGAAUGUAUCAUCGUCCUCUUCUAAGUGUGCUAAGCGUUCAAGAGCUGUUGCUUCUCCAAUAAUCCCAACUAUGCCUACGCUUGAAAUCGGGAGCAAAAACAAAAUGGUUGAUGCGGCAGAAAAGAAUAGAGGUGAUGGUAAAGAGGAGGUGAACAUGAAUGAAGAUAAUAUGAUGGAUUUGAAGAACUCCAAGGAGUUACUGUUUCCACCUAAUAUGGAAGAAAAUGAGUAG